UUAAAACUGUCAAGUUAAAAUAAUAUGUUCAUUUAAUUUUAAAAUGUUUAAAGAAUAUUUUAAGCUUUACAAGCAUAUUAAUUCACUAGAACAACAAUCAGAUAUUAUAGACUUUGGAAAUGAAGUCAAUACUGAAAUUAUAAAACCUAAGAUAUUGACAUCAGAAUUUUUUAACAAUGAUCAAGAAAUACUAGAUAAUCUUGGUUUAAAGAGUAAUAUAUCAGAUUGGAAUUGUUAUGAAGUUUUAAAUGUUCCAGGCUUAAUAUUUAUUAAAAAUCCAUUUACAUCAACUGGUCAAAGAUAUUGGUUGAAACGAUGCAUUGUAGACUACACAAAGAAGCCAAAUCGGUUAAAUAUUGAUUCACACCAUAUCCUUAACAAUGGAGAAGAUUGGUGGACUACAACAAAUGAGAAUAGAAAUUUAAAACUUAGAGAUCAAUUACGAUGGGCCACACUUGGAUAUCAUCAUGAUUGGGAUACAAAGGUGUAUUCUGAAACCGCAAAAUCUGAAUUUCCAAUGGACUUAUCUAAGCUUAGUAAAACCAUCAUAAAAUUAUUGGGAUUCCCUGAUGAAUUUAUGGCAGAAGCAGCUAUUGUAAACUUUUACCAUCCUUCAUCAACACUCUCUGGUCAUACAGAUCACUCAGAGUAUAAUCUAAGCGCUCCACUAUUGUCAAUCAGUUUUGGUUUAAGUGCCAUAUUUCUUAUUGGAGGACGUUCAUUGGAAGACAAACCAGUAGCUAUACUUUUAAGAUCUGGGGAUACUAUUAUUAUGAGCAAAGAAAGCCGAUUAUGUUACCACGGUGUACCAAAAGUGCUGUUACCUAAAAAUGAUCAACAUUUUAAUUAUGACAAUGAGUUGGAAGAGCCUUUUAAGAGCUAUAUGCAAGUUACAAGGAUUAAUAUCAAUGUUAGACAAGUGAAUAAUGUUGUUUGAAAGUGUAAAUUCAAUUUAAUUAUACACCAAACAUUAAACAAUACAAAUUAA